AAUGUGGAUGAAGGGGAGAAAACAGGUUAAAGAAUGAUUCUGAAGCCUUGAGACAUAGGUUGUAUGUGUGCCAUUCAGAGGGUGAUGAAUGGGCAAGACAAAAUAUUUAAGUGCCUUUGAACGGGGUAUGGUAAUACGUGCCAGGCGUAACAGGUUGUGUCAAGAACUGCAACGCUGCUGGGGUUUUCACGCUUAUCAGUUUCCCGUGUGUGUCAAGAAUGCUCCACCAACUAGAGGACAUCCACCCAACUCGAAUCCUGUCAACUGUGGGAAGCAUUGGAGUCAACAUGGGCCAACAUCACUGUUGAACACUUUCGACACCUUGUUGAUGCCAUGCGCCCAAUGACUUGAUGCUGUUCCGAGGGAAAAAGAGGGUGCAACUCAAUAUUUGGAAGGUGUUCUUCGUGUUUCGUACACUCGGUGUACACAUACUGUCAUUGGUCUAUGACCCAAUGUUUGUUUGUCAAUAUCAUGGCUGCAUACAUUAUUUACAAACUCACAUCUAAACCACCUAAAACGAACGAUACAAAUAUAGAAAUGUAACGUAACUUAUCGGUAUUGUCACAUUGUAACUAGCCAACUAGCUACAUAUUAUGUCAGUAGAUAUUUUGCUACAUGUGUGUCGCGUGCUCAAGUAGCCAAGCGUCGUCAACGGUUACAAUCGGUCAUUGACAUUGGAGAGAAAGCCAGCUUGCCAGUCAUAGGCAAAUGUGUUGCAUAUUAUUUUCGCAAAUAUCUACAAACUACAAGGCUAGGACCAAGUAGAGGUUGUCAAAAAGGAAGCUUCAAGAUCCCGAUAACAAACAAUCACCACCAUGCGUCGCAGAAGAUCAGCUUGUAGUGUCAACUCUGACAGCAGUGAGAUCGAUAUUGAUCUCUUAGGAGGGAGAUCGAAAGACUCCAUGGUGAAUGCGAGGAACUUCUCCGUAGCCUGCGUGUCUCAGAGAGUCCAUUUCGAUGCUCGGAUGACGCAGACGCCACGCAAAAUCUGAGCAGCAUGCUGAUGUACCGCGACAGGGUGGUGGAGCAGCUCGACUCUGAACAAGGGAAAAUGGCUUAUCUGAGACAGGAGAUUUUGACUUGGGAGAGUAAGCUGGCUAGCCAGAGGAGAGGGAGUACCACAUGCCACAGUCAGAAGUCGGAGGCAAACCAGACACAGAAGAACAGCCUCAUCCUGGAGAACAAACUGGACAGGGGUCGUGUUCGCUUCAACAAGCUUUUGGCCAAGAACGGGCAGCUGAGAGAGGAGCUGAAGAUCUUGCACGUGGAGAGGAAGCAGUUCCUCCACCUCUACUGCAGGAUGGAGAGGGAGCUGCAGGAGAUUCGCAAGGACAUCCGAGACAUGAUGGCUCAGUCCACUGCUGCUUUUGAGGCCAGAGUGGAGGCUCGGUGCAAACGGAUGCUGCUGAAGGAGAAAAAGGUGAAGGACCUGACCCAGUAUGGCACGGAGGUGAGCGAGCUGCAGCGGGUCAUCUCCCACGACCACCGCCUAAAGACCUUCAUGAGCAUCAAGGGCAACGAGUGCAGCAGCCAGGAGGAGGGCCAGGACCUGAGCCGCAGACAGGUUGAGGAGAGGCAGCGCAGGAGACUGGGACUGGACACUCAGGGAGGGACUUUUGGGACUCUCGAUUCCUUGCAGGAGACCUUCCACAAGAUCCACUGUGUCACAGGGGAGGAGGACCUGCACAAGCUAGUGGGGACCUUCAUUCAGAUUGAAGACAAGAACUUUGCUUUGCUAAACUUUGUUAACGAACAGAACAACAAAGCUGAGACAUUGAAGGACGAAAUCAACCAGAUCCGCUGUGAGAUGGAGGUGGUUUCCAGAGAGGAGCGCAGACAGCAUGAGGAGCGCAGGGUCGUGCUUCGGGGGGUCAGUGUGCAGCAGCAGGCCACAGAGCAGCAGAUGGGGGGCUACCAGCAACGCAUCACCUCAGUGGGCAAGAUCCUCAACCAGCUGAAGACAGGAAUAGACCGUGUGUGCCACAACAUAGACUGUGACCGGUCAGUGAUCGAAGACAAGUUAGGCUCCUCGACCGGGAUCCGGGACAGCACCAUUAUGACUUACCUGGGAUUGGUGGAGCGCAGGACCAACGAGCUGCUGACUUUGCAGUCUUUCCUCCGCUCCAAGGACCUUGAUAAAGAUUACAAUCCUAGAAUGGUUGCCAAGCACCUCCUAGGACAAAGUCCACCACUGCCUAGGCAAAACAAAACGGUUGAGCCUCCCACUUCUGGGGACGACAAUGACCCAGAGGAGUCCCUGCUAACAGACCAGGUGAAGCCCCUCUCCAAGGACGAGCUGCUCCCGCUGGUAAUGAUGAGGAUGCAGAGGAAGGCAAGGAUCGUCCGACCAGAGGUCCGAAAAUCAGCCUCCAAACUCAGCGUUGUGGCCAGCAGAAUCCACCAUGGCUCCCUAGGACUCUGAACUCAUCAUCGCUUUAUGAAUAUUGAUUGGACACACACAAGGAAAUAGUUUAUUGACCUCAUCCAUGGUACCUUGACCUAGUCCCAUGUAAUCUGACCUCAUCCCUGGCAGUCUGACCUCAUCCCUGGUAGUCUGACCUCAUCCCUGGUAGUCUGACCUCGUCCCUGGUAGUCUGACCUCGUCCCUGGUAGUCUGACCUCGUCCCUGGUAGCUGCAGACUGGGGGACCGCAGGAGGCCCACUCCUGUGAAAAGCAGCAUCACAGCCCUGCUUUCAUGAG